AGUGAAAACCUGUGUUGAAAAAUGAAAAUUGUGGCUUUUUGCAGCAGAUUUCUUCAUUUUUGGGGGCAAACGGUGCAUUGUUGUGAACUAUGGCAUGUUAUCGUUAUCUAAUGGUGCUGACACCUCCGAAGCAGUCUCUCCCACCUCGAGAGUCGUCACUGGGUUCGAUUACACUGCCAUUUUCUCGACUCCACUAAAAAUUCGAGAAUUCUUAGGAAUUUAGUUUUCUCAGUGACGAUUGAUUAAUUAAAUUUGUACUCCAUGGACCCGCGGAGUGGACUGGAGAAGUUUAUGUUGUCGGUGUACGAAACUCUUGAGGCACCGGUCGUCUGGUUCCGAGAAAAAAUUGUUGUGCCUAAUCAGCAGCAUUAUCCGUGGUAUCAUCGAAAAUUCAAGAGGGUACCAACGAUGGAUGAGUGCUACACUGAUGAUUUGGUCUGCCAGUAUGAAGCCAAUGCUCAAUAUGAUAGAGACAAGCUGGUUGAUGAUGAGAUUCUGAGUAUCCUGAGAAGUAGAUACGAGGACUGUUGUAUGUACAAUCCUGAAGACAGGGAGAAAGCCUGCGAUCACUUGUACAAGAUUUAUGAGGAUGCAGCUGCCGAGUGGACGGCACAACAUGCCGAUUUAGGUCCUCAUCCAAACGUUCGCGAUGUUUUAAUGAAACAGAAGCAUCGCCUGAUCUGGGAGAGAAGACACGGUGAAGUUGGUACCGGAAUGGUAGGAGACAGGAAGAAGCCUGCGGAGCCUGAGGAUAACUGAUUGUAUCAUACGUAGAGUAAUAAUAUUAAAACUGUAGAUAUUUAAAUGAAAAAAAACGAAACGAAUGGGGUGUCCUUUUGCUCACACUGCGGUGACUCCUCAAAAUCAUUGGUUUAAUAAACUGCUAUUGUGGCACAAUUGUUCAAUCA